CGAGCAAAAAGCGUGAGAGGACAAAAGCGAAAACAACCAAUGGGCGAACAGUUUGUUACAGGGUCCGACAUUUUCGUGUGAUGGCGACGUUUGGGCUUCACAUUAUGACGAGGAAAUCACCAUUCGUCUGUUUGUUUUCCACUUUACGUUUGUUGGCUCGUGUGGUACGGUGUUAUUUAGACUUGACCCGCGUCUCUCAGGAGUGACUCACAGUAGCCCAUCAGACACACCAAUGAAGAGAAAACCCAGUGCUCCUCUGCGUCCCAAACGCAGCAGGUUGGUCAGAGGCAGAGAUGAAUGUGCCACAGAGCUGGACUCUGUGCUGGGCUUCAAUGUGCCACCGCCCUGCUCUGAAACUGGUCCAGAAUCCGCCUCACAAAUCCGGCACCUGACUAUGUCACAGCAGAGUCACAGCCUCCUCAAGUUUUUAAAUGAAGAUCGGAGCAGGCAGAAGUUCUGUGAUGUGUCUGUGUCUGUGGGUGGGAGGAUCUAUAAAGCCCACAAGGUGGUUUUGGCCCAUGGGAGCAGCUACUUCCAUGCAGAGCUGUCCAAAAACCCUACUACAACACAUGUGACUCUGGACCAUGUAGAGGAUUCUGUUUUUCAGCACCUGCUGGGCUUUUUGUAUGCCUCUGAGAGUGAUGUCAAGGAGACAGACCUCCCAGCUCUUAUUGAAGCGGCCCGAUUCCUGGAUAUGAUGGAUGUACUAAAAAUGCUGUGUGAGGAAGGGGAGGUCCAUCCUGUAAGUGUGGUCCAGGAUCAGGAAGAUAUGAGAAAGUCUCCUGAGGUAGAAAUGAUUUCCAGUGACUCACCAGCAGGUGACACAGACAUCCAGAGCCCAUUUGAGCCAAGCAGCCCGUGCAGUCAACAAUUUAGCUUGGACAAGUUAGUGCAGAACCACUUUACUGAGAGUAACAGAGAUGUACCGCUAGAAAUGUUAACUGAGGAAGAGAAGACGGCAGGUCAGAGGAGUGUUGUCACACGGAGAUCUGCUCGAAGGAGGAGAACACCCACAAAGUACAAGAGAGAUGAUGUGGAGUACAUGCUAACCUGUGACUUUUUUGACUGA